AAAGCGGCGGCGGCGGCAGCAGAGGCAGCGAGGCCUCGUCGCUGCUCACGGUGCUGCUGAUUCACUCGCUCUAGCGCUACCGUAUUCACUAACACCUCUACCGUAUUCACUAACUCUAGCUCUACUGUAUUCACUACCACCUCUACCGUAUUCACUACCACCUCUACCGUAUUCACUACUACCUCUACCGUAUUCACAUGUACCGUAUUCACUAACACCUCUACCGUAUUCACUAACUCUAGCUCUACCGUAUUCACUAACACCUCUACCGUAUUCACUCGCUCUAGCUCUACCGUAUUCACUAACACCUCUACCGUAUUCACUUACUCUAGCGCUACCGUAUUCACUACCACCUCUACCGUAUUCACUACCACCUCUACCGUAUUCACUACCACCUCUACCGUAUUCACUACAUCUACCGUAUUCACUACAUCUAGCUCUACCGUAUUCACAUGUACCGUAUUCACUACCACCUCUACCGUAUUCACUUGCUCUAGCUCUACCGUAUUCACUACCACCUCUACCGUAUUCACUACCACCUCUACCGUAUUCACUUACUCUAGCUCUACCGUGUUCACUACCUCUGCGGCGACAGCGAUAGUUCGUGUGUUCUUUAUAUUAAUAAUAAUAUAAGCACAAAUAUUUCUAGUGUAUAAUUAUCAUCGUCGCAAGUUCAUCGCCAGCGAUUGUGUGAAUUCGACGAGCCGAGGGAUCGUGAAAGCCACAAAAUGGCGUGCGCGGUGGCCACCCCGGUGCUGGAGCCGAGCGGGGACUUCCCGGCGUGGCUGGAGACGCAGGGCGUGAACGCGGAGGUGGCCCGGGCCAUGGACUCUGAGCUGGGCAUCCGGGACUACGGGGUCCUGCGCGCCUGCGUCGGGGACGGCCUCGUGCGGGCCGAGCUGCUGGCCGCGGCGCGCGACCGCCUGCCCUUCGGUUUCUACGCCGUGUUGCGGCAGGUGGUGAAGGCCCUGCGGGGGGCCGAGCUCCAUAACGAUGGGAUGCCGCGCUGGGACGAUGCUGCCACCGCCGUGAAGGCCUCCCCUGGCGACGUGACGCUGGGAGGCCUGAUGGACGUGCUGCUCGCGCUGUUCAGCGGCUUGAGCCGCGAGCUGCUGAUGUCGGUGCAAAGACUCGGAGCAAUGGACGGUCUUAAGUAUGAAGUGCCUUCUCCUUCAGCCGGUGAUGCAGUCGGUCAUGAAAUUAUGACGGCUGAAAUGGAUCGUUCAAUGGAGAAUGGUGAGAUCGAAGAAACGCCACCUCCAGAUGUGGAUGACACUCAACCCAACCUGCCAGUGGAUCGGAUUAAAAUGGAGCCGUUCGGAGAUGCUGCUGAAUUUACUGACAAUGCAAUGCUUCCUCGGACGUCGGAGAGUGGUUCCAUGAUGUGCAUUUCUAAUCCGAUCUUUGAUAAAGUUUCAUUGGAGUCUCACGCUGCUCUCGCGUUCAAAGUUGUGAACUCGCAGCAGACAGAGGACGAGGGCUGUACGCUUGCUGUCGAGACGGCCCCCGCUCCGUGGGCAGAGGACGCCAUUCAAAACGAAGAAGCAGCCUCCACCUGCGCACGCGAGUAUGUGUCACUGCCGCCAACGGAGGGGUGCUCCUUCGAGCCGUCAGUGGUGAGCCGAAAUGGGUUCCUCCCUGCAGCCGUUGCACGAAGCCUGACCAUCGGAGGGAGUGGCUCCUACGAGCCGGGCGUGUGGUUCGCCACCGCCGAGCCCUCGAGGAAGAAUAAAAAUCCGACGCCGGGACGCGUAGUCCAGAAACCUUACCGCUGCGAGGUUUGCGGGCACUGCUUCUCGCAGGGCGGUCACCUGAAGAUCCACCUGCGCACGCACACGGGAGAGAAGCCCUACCGCUGCAAGGUGUGCGGCCAGACCUUCUCGCAGCAGUGCAGCCUCAAGCGGCACCACCGCAAGCACACGGGCGAGCGGCCGCACCGCUGCGGGGAGUGCGGCCGCGGGUUCUCUCAGCCCAACGACCUGCGGGCGCACGAGCGGACGCACACAGGCGAGAAGCCGUACGGCUGCCAGGUGUGCGGCCAGGCAUUCUCACGGUCCUCUAGCAUGAAGAUUCACAUGCGCACGCACACGGGCGAGAAGCCCUACCGCUGCGACGUGUGUGGACAAGCCUUCACGCGCGCGUUCAGCCUGCGCUUCCACCAGCGUACGCACGGAGGGUCGGGCGCAGCGCCGCUGCCACCACCACCACCACCGCCGCCGCCUCAGAUGGGGAGUUUUGUUGAUGGUGCCACAGACGUUUUCACACGCUCCAGGCCAGCGACCCAUGUAAAGCACAACGCUCUGGAACCACCCACACUCUUCACGCAUAGGAGGAGCAGGACCCGGGUUCGAUUUCUCGCUCGCGGCCAAAAACAAAAACCGAGAAUGGCGUGCGCGGUGGCCACCCCGGUGCUGGAGCCGAGCGGGGACUUCCCUGCGUGGCUGGAGACGCAGGGCGUGAACGCGGAGGUGGCCCGGGCCAUGGACUCCGAGCUGGGCAUCCGGGACUACGGGGUCCUGCGCGCCUGCGUCGGGGACGGCCUCGUGCGGGCCGAGCUGCUGGCCACGGCGCGCGACCGCCUGCCCUUCGGCUUCUACGCCGUGCUGCGGCAGGUGGUGAAGGCCCUGCGGGGUGCCGAGCCCCACGACGCCGGGACGCCACGCUGGGACGACGCCGCUUCCUCCCCUGGUGACGUGACCCUGGGAGGCCUGGUGGAGGUGCUGCUCGCGCUGUUCAGCGGCUUGAGCCGGGAGCUGCUCUUGUCCGUGCAGAAACUGGGCGAGUGGGAUGGAUUAAAGUUGGGGACAGUUUCUGGCAGUUUUGAAGAUGAGACCACUGAAAUGGAUCGUCAUGUCGAAAAUGAUAAGCCAGACGAGCGGUCCACUCCAAUCAUGGAUGACUCCUAUGGCAACGUAGCAGCGGAUCAUGUUAAAAUUGAGUCCUAUGAAGAUGACGAUGCUUAUUUCUCGAAUUCCAUACUGGAUCCUCAAUUGACGGAGCAAGGCUCCGUGGAGUACACUACCAAGAAACGCUUUGGUAAACGUCUGCUGGAGAGCCAUCCAGAUCUCAUCAUUGAAGGCGUGACCUCGCUGCCCAAUGCGUAUGAGGUAGGCGCUGGCCAGUACGCUUCGUCAGAGUCGGAGAAAGGCGAAAUGACCGAAGCAGAAGAAGAAAUCGCCGCCACCGCCGUCGUGAAGGCUGCAGCCCAGCCGCCGAGGGGGCGACGUUCAUUCCCGCGCAGGCAAACCAUCGGCAGGAGGGUCUCGGCAAAGCGACGGCAGAAGCCCUCCGGUGGAGAUGCCGAGCCGUACGAGCGCAAGUGCUCGCUGGCGAAUGCAGCCUCCGCCGACAACCCACACCGCUGCAAGUUGUGCGGGCAGGUCUUCGCGCAGAGCGGCCAGCUGAAGGCCCACGCGCGCACGCACGUGGGCGAGAAGUCCUACCGCUGCAAGGUGUGCGGUCAGGCGUUCGCGCAGGCGUUUGGCCUGCGGCGCCACCUGCAGAUGCACUCGGGCGAGAAGCCCUUCUGCUGCGACGUGUGCGGCCACGGCUUCUCGCAAGCGUUCGGCCUCAAACGGCACCAACAGAUCCACACGGGCGAGCGGCCUCACCGCUGCCAGCUGUGCGGCAGCGGGUUCUCGCAGCCGUGCGACCUCAAGAUCCACCUGCGCAAGCACACGGGCGAGAAGCCCUUCUGCUGCAAGGUGUGCGGCCACGGGUUCUCCCAGCGCUGCCACCUCAAGAUCCACCUGCGCAAGCACACGGGCGAGAAGCCCUACCGCUGCAAGGUGUGCGGCCAGUGCUUCUCGCAGAGUUUCAGCCUCAAGCGGCACCAGCAGAUGCACACCGGCGAUAGGCCGCACCGCUGCGGGGAGUGCGGGCGCGGUUUCUCGCAGCCCGGCGACCUGAGGGCGCACGAGCGGACGCACACGGGCGAGAAGCCGUACGGCUGCGACGUGUGCGGCCAGACCUUCACGCGCUCCACCGGCCUGCGCUUCCACCAGCGUGCGCACGUGGAGGAAAACGUGUAGUGGUGCUGUGGGGGGUGGAAACCUUUCAGCUGAGGUCGUAGGUUUUUCGCAUUUGUACCGUACUGUUUGGCACGAUGUCCACCCCCACAACGUCUCACGCCACGUGCUGGUAAGGUUUUUCAGUUCGGGCAAUUUUGGAUCGUGCCGCGUGUUGUUAGUCUCAGCGCGUGUUAGUCGGAAGCUCCCGGCACGCCGGAGCGAAACGUCGGGCAUCGUGUUGAACAACGCGUAGUGGCACAACCCGAAACCAUGUCAAAAUGGUGUACUGUUAAAAACGAGGGAGUGCGAAAGAAAAUGUGGCCGGAGUGGAUCAGGGGCCAGAGCACUUCUCUGGUGCCGCUGAAAACCUCGGUUCAAAUCCAGCUUUCAGUUUCUGUUCUCAAGUGGAGUGACUUGACGGUCUUGGCCUGGUCACAAAUGACUGCACAAAACCCCACCACGUUGAAUUUGGCUUUCGCUUUACAGAUAAGUCCCCGAGUUACGAUGGUCCGACUUACGAUAUUUCGAUGUUACGAUGGCGAUAGCGAUACGACAAAAUUGUAAAAUAUUUUAAAUUUCGCGCGGCAGGCAAACGCAGCAGCAUAUGAGGUACGAUACUGUGCGUUGGGACGCUGCCGGGAUGUUCGCAUCUCCCGCCUUGUGUGGUGAUGCCUCAACUCUCAACACUCUGGUCGACGGAGUUGUCUCGGUGUUAGCGCGUGUACUGUACCUUGUUUUUUUACUUUACAUUUUGCUGUGAAACACAGUAUUGUAAUUAAUAAAGACAUACAGUAUAUAGUUGAUACAGUACGGUACUGUAAAUUGCUCUGUUUUGCUAAAUUAUCACAAUUCUUUAAGACUCCUGGGUAGGCUAGGCCAUCUUCGACUUACGAUAUUUUUUUACUUAAGUUGGGGUCGUCGUAGUGCAUCUCCAUCGUAAGUAGAGGACUACCUGUGUUUGGCUGAACAUUUAUCUUUAUCGGGACGAAUGGGAAAGUGCACCGCCUAGUAUAUGGAUAAAAUACAGUCGCUGAAACAGUUGUCAGAAGUCAUUCUAUGAUGUAUUUUUUUGCGGGCAGUCCUUAUAGCAUGUGAGUGAGUGAGACUUUGGAGACUUGGUGUCUCCCACAGUCUCACUUGUGAAAGAGGUGUGCUAUGUCAUUAUGCUCUUUUCAUCUGGUUAUAGUCAGAAAGAUCAUCGCAAGCAGCAGUCAUGUUAUGAGACCAGAUAAAAAUACAACUCGUAAGAUUUGAGACAAUGCCACAAGACAAAGAGCAGGUUUAAAAACCAUGCUUAUUAAGGUGAGCUAAUCAGGUAACUUGUUUCAGAGAAUAUGGGUGCGUGUUUAAGGUUCAAUUUUUUUGGCAAAGUUCUUGGUACUGGAUUUAAAUAACCAGAUAAAGAGUUUUGAAUAAGGUUAUGUAGCGAAGUCGAGGUUUAAGGUAAAUGCACAGAUAAAUGGGAAGCCGAAUUGUUAGUAGCAGACACACUGCUACGAAAUUGUCUGCAUCGGAGGCAGCAGCUGAAGCAAGGGUGGCUGUACAAAUGUGUCGUCAAUGCUUGUGGAAUUCUCAUCUAGUACAAACCAUCCUGGUGUAGCGAGAGCACCGUGGAUAGUGCUACUGUGCUGAGAACCUGGCAAAACCUGAGUUUCUAUUUUCUGGCCACAGCUAAUAUCGCUUGCAAAUUUGUAUUUGUGCCGCUCCUGGGUUCCAACCACUUCAGCCCGGCACUGACUAGCCUGGUGAAAGAUGGUCAAGCGAUCCCCCACAGCCAGCGCGCUGGGGAAGCCUUCCAUCCAGCAGUGGAUGGAUAAAGGAUUGUAAAUUACUAUUUGUUCUUAUUACUCGCGGAUAUAGCCUCAAGAUUGAUGGCUUUUGUGACUCAACAGCCAUCCAUCGCCAGUGGCAACACGUGCCCGGGUCACACACCGCCUCACCGAGGUUUUCGGAGCCUCAUAUGAGCGCAUGGAAACUUGCACUGGCAUAGUCAACAAAGCCCAUAUUGUCUCCCUUCUCAGACAAAUAUGGAAUAGCACUAAUUGGUGGAAAUUCCAAAUUUCUAUGAUGGGGGAGGGGGGGGGCUUUCUUUCCAUGGAGCUCGUUGACCCACAAGGUGGUACUCGAUCGAUUUAUCACAGAGGGAUAAUGGUGGGCCAGGUUGAUCUCCAACCAAUAAUUAAACUUGAAACUUUCUUAUACCCCUUUUACACCAUACAACUGAGCCGUGCCAAAUAAGUCUGUCCGUGGCUCAGUAGGCACCGGUUUAAUUUUUUUUUACCCCACUCAUGGUCCUGCUUGGCCCCAAGACAUAUUCAGUUGUCUUGUGAGGCCAGAGUUGCUUUUGGCUCAGCUCUGCAAAUAUCCAGUGGGAUCCACACACACACAUACCGAGGGCCGUGCGCUGGUGCAGCUCAGAUGUGUUCGACUGGCGCUGUCAAAUGCUCUUUAAGUUCGUGUAUAAAUGUGUUUGGCUUUUGAAGGCCAAUGUAGUUCAUGCUGAAUUCACUGUUGGUGAAAAAGUGAAAUUUUUGAAUACUUUUUUUAUCAAUCCGGAAAGUGUCAAACGCAGCAUCUAAAUCAUCCUCUGCAUCACUAGCAUUCAUCAUCAAAGCCAUGUGCAAAAAUUGUGAUGUAAUUUACAUGUGUUGUGACGCCGACACGUGACUUUUAAAAGCCUUUAUUCAGACACGGCACUAACGAUGCCCAGGACUGGUUCUUGACCCUUGAUCUUCAUCUCUCGAAUCUCCCCGAUCCCUGUGCUUGUCUCCUUUUAUACCUCCCAAGCCCCCUCUCUGGAAGCUUCUUUCGCCCCGACUCCCUUCGGCCAAUCCUGACCCCCACCAACGGUUCUCCACUGUCCUCCAGUCCACCCCUUGCUUUUCCCGCCUUUUUACCUUUCAAAUAGUUCCUCCAAAACAUUUCAAUCUUGCCUCCCGACCAAUCACAGUGGAGGCCUCUGCACCAAUGGGAGGCAUUGGCUUACGUGCUGAUUGUCAGACCGUACACUUGUGUCAGGUAAGCGGUCUGUUAUCUCGGUCAUUACUAAAGCAUGCUGGGUUUGGCUUUGAAGACAGAUUUAUGCAUAUGUAAUUUGCGUUCAUCGUUAUCCAAUGUGGUAAUGAAACUCAAGUUAUGUACCGCAUGAGUAAGUGCUAUGAGCUAUGACAGCACUGAGUUAAAAUCAGUGUGCCUGGAGAAACCCAUGGCAUGCCUGCAAAGGGCCAACAUGCAAAACUCUGCAUAGAUACAUCAGCCUACCUAAUGCCCUGCAUUUGACAAACGCCAAAUUAAUUAAGUAUUCUCCAACUCGCAGCAUCGUGAGAGAGAUGAUGAUGGCUCGGAGAGGACUUUUUAUCCAACAUGGCUGCUGCUGAUCUUUCGCAAGGCUGCAGAUGUGGAUGCAGAGCCACAACAACUACAAUUUCACAUUCAAGCCAGAUAGCCACGUCAGGAGCCAGCGGAGUGUGUCACUGUGAUGUCUCCUUCGUUUUUUUCUGGAUCGGGCAUUGCUUCAUAUGCUAGAUGGUCUGUUCUGGAUGACCACAGUCGCACACUGGAGAGUUUUCAUUUUCCAGGUAUCCGCAUCUGCCAUGGUUUGUGCAGAUGCGGUUUAGGGUGGUCCAUGAGCUUUGUGAGUUCUGUUGAACUCCCUUAUUUUUUUCCAAGCUUCAUCGGGGUUGAAUUCGCAUUGUUAAAGGUUAAGGGAAUGGGACAAAAAUGGCUUGCGUGACGUCAAGCAACGGCGAGGGACGUUAUUGAGGUCCUGAUGAAUGGGAAGGCGGCUGUUUUGCUCAAUUCGCAGGAGUUUCCCGGAGGGUUGCAGCGUUGUGAUGAAUGGUGUUGGGGUCGACUUGAGGGUUCCACUGCAUUGCAAUGUUCCAUUGGACAUUAACAAGUUGAGAGUGACUAUGUUGUAUAUGUGGGUUAUGAAGAUUUGAUGAAAAUAAUGAAAAUUAAAUAAAAUUUGAAAUUUGCAUAAUUUAUCCAAAAUUAUGCUAUGUAAUUAUGCAUAUACAUUAUGCUAAUUCGGGAGAUUCGUAUUUAUGCGAGUGGGUGUGGUUAUGUUAAUGACAGCCUUAUGAGAAUCAGGCCCUGCCUCGGUGACGAGGGUCGGUUAUCAAUCGGGAUAAUGCAAUUAAUCGUAUGCAGUUAUGCAGGUGCCGUGAUCAUACCAGAGUCAACUCGGCUUCGUUGUUUAACUUCGUAUUAUCGAUCGGUAUAAUACGAUUAUUCUCACUUUAACAUGUACUGAAUGUAUUAGUGUGCUUAGGUCACCAGGUUCAGAUCUCAAUCGCAGAAUUCAGUUAUUAUGCAGAAUCACGGAAAGAAUCACAUACAACCCUUCUGCUUUAAUCAAUUUUAUUUUCUAGCUAAACUUUAAUUUUUGGAUAAUAUGAGAACUCUCAAUCUCGGAAUUUCAACACAGCAUUAACACGGUAACCAUCACGAUUGCGUUGUUUCACUUUGGCCUCGGCCAUAUGGUUAAUCACCGCGUAACGCGACCUCGGUUGUUGAGAGAGAGAGACGUAAUAAAAAAAAAACAUGCAAAUGCUA